CAGGAAAUGUGUCACUUCUGUGCGAAUGUGUGCUGCCUGAGCCAUAUCUCCUCACCUCCACCAGCGGCUAGACACUUUGCACUCUUACUCUGACUUGGACUUUGUGCAUCAGUUCUUGCAGCACUUUUGGAAAAUAAAAUCCCAGAUCGAACAACAGCAUUCAAAUAUCAUCAAUAUUCAGAGUUUCAUGGCACGUGUCAGUAUGUACUGUUUCCUGUGCUUCAUUCUGCUCAUGAGAGUAGAAGGUCAAGAAGCAAAAGAAAAUUCCAAUAAAACUAUGGAAGCAUCUACAUUCACUAACAAAACGACUCCAAUAUCCUUAACACCCAGUGAAGAUAAUCUGGCUGAACAUACUUCAGGCAAACCCACAAGCAGAUCUCAGCAAACAAGCCUCUCAACCACCUAUACAGCCAGUCCCAACCCUACGGAGCCCACCUGCCAUCUCUGUGUCGAACACCUUACAAAACCGCUACCACUGAUUGUAAUAGGAGCUCUGGGGAUCACCUGUUUCACCCUGCUGAUGACCACUCUGGUGCAGGCUUGUCAUUUGUGCUGCCUAAAGCGGCAGAUCUCCAGAGGUUACCAGGUCUGCAGCGACACCACCCAGUCCGCUGUCCAGCCCACCGUGAGAGCGGUGUCUGUGGACUGUGAGCAGCCUGAGACUCGGAUCAUGAUGAACGAAAUCAGCAACGGCAAACCGGAGGGAGAGGAGAUCCAGGCGGAACCAAAACAGCCAGAAAAGCCAGAGGAGGCGGCAAAGGAAGUGCAGGAAGCUGAGGUCACUAAUCAGGACACCACAGAAGAUUUUACCCAGAACGAAAUGCCUGAGGUAGAGUCACCACCCGACCAAGACUUCCCAGCACCCAUAGACGACACAGUCUGAUCUCUGAGUAAAGAUACUCAUGUCUUCUGAUCAUCCCUGAAGAGCAAGACACACAGCGCCACAUACUGGUGGAAUCACUUCUUUCACAGCCUACUUUUGCUUCCACCUCUGAUGUUGGACCAUCCCAACAAUUACAGUUUCACAGUUUUUAACCAAUACGAAAGUUGCUUACUGACAGCGAUGGGAAUAGUAAAUCUAGUAAAUGUAUGGGUUUCACUGUAUUUAUGUGCUCUUUUGGACAAUUUGUUCUUUCCUUAAUUUGUCUUACAAUGAACUAAUAAUACAAUAAUACAACGUCACAAUAAAUUUAUACUUUUUCUCAAUUACAUUAAUAUGUAUAAAAAAAAUGUAUAUUUUUAACCCUUAAAGUAUUCCUAAUAACAUGUCCAAGCACUGAUUUUAAAUAUUAACUUAUUUUAAUAAAUAGGCAAAUUAACCUCAAAAUAAAAUGAAAUUUCCAACAAAUAAGCUAGUUUGUCUAGCACCAGCACAAAAAAAAACAACUGUUCUCUUUUUUCUAUAAUAAUUUUAUUUACAUAUAUGCUAAAUGUAGAUACUUUUUUUUUUAAAUGCCCUUAAAUGUAUUUCUGGCUUUGUAUUUUGAUACUUUUAGAUUCAUAUUUUCUAUUCUUUUUUUACUUAAGUACAGUUCCUCUCCACUUUUUCUAGCAUGUUUGCUAAACAACAUACAUUAAAAUUCUAAUAAAUUUAAAAAAAAAGAUAUAAAUGACUUUAUACGUAGAGAAAAUAAACAUUUGUCUGUAUAAACACAUAAAUACAUUUUCUCUUCAGUUCAUUUUAUCUACUAUAUACUAUGUUCUGAUUUUUUUAUACAUUAUUUGAACAAAAAAGCAACUGUCAGUGUACUUCAUGCUUUCAAAAUAAAGAAUUAAAUCAUUUGAAUGA